ACAAUUACUAGUUUAGAUCAUUUUAAUUUGCAGAUCAGGGAUUCCUGAGCUCAAAAUAAAGCAGAAAUUGAAAAACAUUCGAUGAUAGGGUUGCAUAGACCCCCAGAGUCUUCGAUGGUCAGCGUGUUGCCUGAUGGCAGGCAAUCAGUCGCAUAUUUUCAAAUCGCCUGUCGUGAGCAACCCAUUCUGUCAGAUCGCUGUCAGUACACGCAAGUAGCCGAAUGUUGUCUGAAGUGGUAUGCUUAGCCUCAUGUCAAUAAUGAAAAUGUCUUUGAUUAGCCGUAACUGCUUAAAGUACGACUUGUAUAAACUAGGAGACUGUAUAAUAAAUAAUAGAGGUAAAGUUAUGUCAUCUGACGUUCGGAAAUUGAGCAAUUCACGGGUAACCUAUGCAUUGCCACCCCACAGUGUUAUGAAUGUUUUCAAUCGGGACCAUAAACUAUUACAAAAAGAACGAGCAGCCCGUGCUGAAGACGUUGAGUUAUAUGACUACAUAAAAGAAGAGGUUGGUUACAGAUUAUCCGACAGAAUCUUUGACGUCAAACGAAGAUUUAAAAGAGCCUUGGAUUUAGGUUGCGGUCGAGGCUAUAUAUCCAAACAUGUCAUAAGUGAGAGCGUCGAGGAGUUAAUAUUAGCUGACAUAAGUCCGACGUUUUUAAGCCAAGCGCAAACCAACGAGGGGAUCAAGGUAGAAAGAAGAGUUAUCGAUGAGGAGAAUCUUCCAUUCGAGCCCAAUAGCUUAGAUCUAGUCAUCAGUUGCCUUAGCCUUCAUUGGGUUAAUGAUCUCCCAGGAUGCUUUGGACAGAUUAUACAGAGCUUGAGAAAUGAUGGUGUAUUUAUGGCUGCCAUAUUUGGUGGUGACACGCUUUAUGAACUAAGAUCAUCGUUGCAGUUGGCAGAAAUCGAAAGGGAUGGUGGUAUAUCACCUCACAUUUCACCCUUCACCGAUAUCAGAGACGUGGGCAGUUUAUUGAACAGAGCAGGAUUUACCAUGCUCACAAUUGACACAGAUGAAAUAGUUGUUGGCUAUCCUACCAUGUUUGAGUUAAUGUGGGAUUUAAAAGGAAUGGGUGAAAGUAAUGCAGCAAGAAAUCGUAAACUUCAUCUCAAGAGAGACACAGCAAUAGCAGCAGCUGCGAUCUAUGAAGAAUUGUAUGGUAAAACGAAUGAAAAAGAUGAAUCAAAGUAUGUACCAGCCACUUUUCAAGUAAUCUAUUUGCUUGGAUGGAAACCUGACGCCUCUCAACCAAAACCACUGAAAAGAGGUACAGGCGAAGUUUCUCUGAAAGAUUUGCAUCGUCUCGAUCAAAUUAUCAAAGAGAAAAAGAAAGUCAAGCUUACCGACGAAGAUAAAUAAAUUACCAAUACACACGUAGGUAUUCUAUCGAACUAAUUCUAUUUAUCAUACAUAGGAAUGUAUAUAAUGUAAAAAAGGAAUAAAAAUUCUAUAAUUCACAA